CGGCAGGUGGCCCAGCGCUCGGCGGCCGGCCCGGCCGGGGGCGGGCGGGAAGGUGGCGCCUCGGGCGGGGGCCGGUCCCUGCACCAGGUGACCUGUUCCGGCCCGCAUCCGGGCGGGCGGCCUCGCCAUGCAGCGGCGCGGCGCGGGGCUCGGGUGGCCGCGGCAACAGCAGCAGCAACCCCCGCCGCCCGCGGUCGGCGCCCGGGCUGCAGCUAUGGCCCCCCCGAGCGGCGGUGUCCCCCCGGGCCUCGGCGGCCGCCCUGCCUGCGCGCUGCUGCUGCUCUGCUACCUGAAUUUUGUACCGUCCCUGGGUAGGCAGACUGCUCUGACGACAUCAGUGAUACCCAAAGCCGAGCAGAGCGUGGCUUACAAGGACUUUAUUUAUUUUACUGUCUUUGAAGGGAACGUUCGCAACGUUUCUGAGGUCUCGGUGGAGUAUCUGUGCUCCCAGCCCUGUGUUGUCAAUUUGGAGGCGGUUGUUUCAUCCGAGUUCAGAAGCAGCAUUCCCGUGUACAAAAAGAGGUGGAAGAACGAGAAGCAUCUUCACACCAGCAGGACACAAAUAGUUCAUGUGAAAUUUCCAAGCAUUAUGGUUUACAGAGACGAUUACUUCAUCAGACACUCCAUCUCGGUGUCCGCGGUGAUACUGCGCGCCUGGAUCACUCACAAACACAGCGGCGGGGACUCGAGUGUUAAAUGGGACGAAAACUUCCUACACGCCGUCGCAAAGAAUUACACUCUGCUGAAGACAGUCCCGCCUUUUGAACGCCCUUUCAAAGACCAUCAAGUGUGCCUUGAGUGGAACAUGGAUUAUAUUUGGAACCUUCGGGCAAACAGGAUCCCACAGUGUCCUCUGGAAAAUGAUGUGGUCGCCCUUCUUGGCUUUCCCUAUGCCUCCAGUGGAGAAAACACCGGCAUCGUAAAGAAACUCCCGAGGUUUCAGAACCGGGAACUGGAGGCCACGCGACGCCAGCGGAUGGAUUACCCAGUGUUUACUGUUUCAUUGUGGCUUUAUUUACUCCAUUAUUGCAAGGCCAAUCUCUGUGGGAUUCUGUACUUCGUUGAUUCUAAUGAGAUGUAUGGCACGCCUUCCAUAUUUCUUACUGAAGAGGGCCAUUUGCAUAUUCAAAUGCACCUUGUCAAAGGAGAAGACCUUGCUGUAAAAACUAAAUUCAUCGUACCUUUGAAGGAGUGGUUCCGACUGGAUAUCUCUUUCAAUGGAGGCCAGAUAGUCGUGACCGCUAGCAUUGGCCAAGAUUUGAGAAGCUACCAUGAUCAGACCAUUAGUUUCCGGGAGGAUUUCCAUUACAAUGACACAGCUGGGUACUUCAUUAUUGGAGGGAGCAGGUACGUGGCUGGCAUUGAAGGGUUUUUUGGACCCCUGAAGUACUACCGCCUCCGCAGUCUGCACCCCGCCCAGAUUUUUAAUCCCCUCCUUGAGAAGCAACUUGCUGAACAAAUCAAGCUUUAUUACGAAAGGUGCGCUGAGGUUCAAGAAAUAAUAUCAGCGUACGCAUCCGCGACACAGCACGGGGACGAGAGACAAGAAGCAUGCCACCUCCGCAACUCCUACCUGGACCUCAAGCGCAGGUACGGGCGCCCCUCGACGUGCAGAGCCUUCCCCUGGGAGAAGGAGCUGAAAGACAAGCAUCCCAGCCUGUUCCAGGCGUUGCUGGAGAUGGAUUUGCUGACUGCGGCAAGGAACCAAAAUGAAUCUGUAUCAGAAAUCGGUGGGAGGAUAUUUGAAAAGGCUAUAAAGAGACUCUCUAGCGUCGAUGGGCUUCACCAAAUUAGCUCCAUCGUCCCCUUUCUGAUGGAUUCCAGCUGCUGUGGAUACCAUAAAGCAUCCUACUACCUCGCAGUCUUUUAUGAAACUGGAUUAAGUGUUCCUCAGGAUCAGCUGCAGGGCAUGUUGUAUAGUUUGGUUGGAGGCCAGGGCAGUGAGAGGCUGUCUUCAAUGAAUCUCGGGUACAAACACUAUCAGGGUAUUGACAGCUACCCCCUGGACUGGGAACUGUCAUACGCCUACUACAGCAACAUUGCCACGAAGACACCCCUUGACCAGCACACGCUACAAGGAGAUCAGGCUUAUGUUGAAACAAUUAGACUAAAGGAUGAUGAAAUACUCAAGGUACAAACCAAAGAAGAUGGCGACAUCUUUAUGUGGCUGAAGCACGAAGCUACCCGAGGCAACGCAGCAGCUCAGCAACGGCUGGCCCAGAUGCUGUUCUGGGGGCAGCAGGGUGUGGCCAAGAACCCCGAAGCCGCGAUCGAGUGGUACGCCAAGGGCGCGCUGGAGACCGGGGACCCCGCCUUAAUAUACGACUAUGCCAUUGUGCUGUUCAAGGGUCAAGGAGUGAAGAAGAACAGACGGCUUGCCUUAGAGCUGAUGAAGAAAGCGGCUUCCAAGGGAUUGCAUCAAGCAGUCAAUGGCCUGGGAUGGUAUUACCACAAAUUCAAGAAAAAUUAUGCCAAAGCGGCAAAGUACUGGUUGAAAGCAGAAGACAUGGGGAACCCAGAUGCAUCGUACAAUCUCGGAGUCCUGUAUUUGGAUGGCGUUUUCCCGGGAGUUCCUGGAAGGAAUCAAACGUUAGCUGGCGAAUACUUCCAUAAGGCUGCGCAAGGCGGACACAUGGAAGGGACCUUAUGGUGUUCUCUCUACUAUAUCACAGGCAACCUGGAGACAUUCCCUCGAGAUCCCGAGAAAGCCGUUGUAUGGGCAAAGCACGUAGCUGAGAAAAAUGGCUAUUUGGGCCAUGUCAUUCGCAAAGGCCUCAAUGCCUACCUGGAGGGCUCAUGGCAUGAAGCUUUGCUGUAUUAUGUUUUAGCAGCAGAAACUGGAAUUGAAGUGUCACAGACAAAUUUAGCACACAUCUGUGAGGAGAGGCCAGAUCUUGCCAGGAGAUACUUGGGUGUUAAUUGUGUUUGGAGAUACUAUAAUUUCUCCGUUUUUCAAAUCGAUGCUCCUUCAUUUGCAUAUUUGAAAAUGGGAGACCUGUACUACUAUGGCCACCAAAACCAGUCCCAGGACCUGGAGUUGUCCGUGCAGAUGUAUGCCCAGGCCGCGCUGGAUGGGGACUCCCAGGGAUUUUUUAACCUGGCCCUGCUAAUUGAGGAAGGUGCUAUAAUCCCAAACCAUAUUUUGGAUUUCUUGGAAAUUGACUCAACUAUCCAUUCUAAUAACAUCUCCAUUCUCCGGGAACUAUACGAAAGGUGCUGGAGCCACAGCAACGAGGAGUCCUUCAGCCCCUGCUCCCUGGCCUGGCUCUACCUUCAUGUGCGGCUCGUCUGGGGUGCCGUCCUGCACUCAGCCCUGGUCUACUUCCUGGGAACCUUUCUGCUGUCUGUGUGGAUCGCCUGGAUUGUGCAGUAUUUCCAGUCUGUCUCAGUUAAUGAGGUUUCUACUAAAAUUACAGUAAAAUGUCACAAAGCGGUGCUCAUGAAAAAACCAGUAGCCUUACCGUCAGAGAGAUUUAAAGCCAGCAGUUCUCCAGCGCCAGCUCGCGCCGCCUCAGACCCCGCCACAUCCGCUGCCAGCCCCGCUGUGCCUCCAGCUGCAGAUGCCUCUGCCCGGGACCAGCCCACGGCCGCUACCACGCCGGAGCCACGCGGGUGAACUGUGCUCUCCAGGUCUCUCCAGAUGAGAGAGAACCCUUUGUUUGAACGGCUGGUAUGGGAAAGCUGGGGCCAGGCCAUUGUCCUGAUAAACACCUUAAAUGUCUUGUCAACUGGAUGCAAAGUUUGCACUUGGUGUCAUUUUUUUAAAAAAAAUCUAAUUAUAAAGGAAGUACCCAGAGCAGGCAGUCGUUAUACCAAAGGCUACCCAACACAUGCAAGGAACGUCUUGGUCGUGGGAUGCGUGGGGAGGUUUACGGGGUCAUCCCAGACCCUCGUCCCCGUGACUGUGUGUAUCAGGAGUCUCAGUUCGCCCUGUGGCGUGUCUGGAUUCUCAUACGCUAAGAUGCAGUUUAAGAAUCUCAGUGCAUCCUUCAUUCCCUUUUAUGGAGAAUAAGAACAGAAAACUGAGACUUCUCUACAAGCCAGGUAGUAUUUUCGCUACCUGUGUUUGCCUCAAAGCUGAACUGACAGAUUUCUCUUUGACUUCCAAGACCCAGCAGUUAUAAGGCACCUUGAAGUAAACAGUUUAUGGCUGGAAAGGCAGGGAAGGCGAUGGCUUUGUAAAUUGGUUUACAUUUUUCUCCUUGGAUUUUUCUAGGGUCCUAGUGCUUCCAAAUCAUUUAAUGAUGUUGUUGGAUAUCUUUUACAUUUCAAUUGCAAUCCAUGAAGUAACAUUUAAGAGAUUCUUAGUAUUUAAGUGUAGCCUUCUCCAUGAAUUACGCAUUAGGAUAGACUGGCAGCGACGGAAUACACGGAAAGCAAGCCUUUAGUCCAUAGUGUCAUCCCCACCCCUUAUGCCUGCCUGAGUCUGUGUAGGGGUGUGUGUGUGUGUGUGUGUGUGUGUGUGUGUGUGUGUGUGUGUAAGAGAAGGAGCAGAAUGUCUGUAUACUUUAUGCUGCUAAGGUAGUAAAUAAAUCAGUAAUGCAAUGUUGUGGGUCCAAACUACUCUUUGCACUACUUUAUUUACAGUAGUAAAUAAAAUUAUUUUUAUACAGUUGA